AUGCAUAAAUCCGAGACAUCAUCAUCGAUUGCGAAUACAAGAGACAAAUUAUUUGAUCAAAUCGAUGAAAACGAGCGAUGUGAUAUCAUCAUCUCCAAUCUUUUGUUCGACGAUUUGUUUGCAUCGAACGAAGAACCUUUAGUAACUCAUCUUGAUUCUGUUUCAGUACAAUCAUCGAGAGUAGCUCAUGAACGAACGAGAUCAUCGGCGAGUGAACGACGGCAUGGUCGCGGAUUGGGGUCCACAAUUAGUUCACGAAAUCCGAAAAGUUUAGGAGAGUAUCCGUUACAUCUCGCGUGCCAGAAUGGACAAAUUGAAGUGGUAGGGAAAUUAUUACAAGAAUUCUCACCGGUUACACUCGAACAUGAUAUGAAUCGAUGGACGCCAUUGCAUCAUGCUGCUUGGCAUGGUCAUCAUCGAAUUGUGGAAUUAUUACUUCGUUCGAAACGGUUCUCUAUCAAUGCAGUCGAUAAUUCUCAUAUGAGUCCAUUGCAUUUAGCUGCACUAGCUGGUCGUGCUGAAGUGAUUCGUAUUCUACUCGAUUGUCCAGAUAUCAAUGUGCAUGCCAAAAAUAAAGAUGGUAAAACAGCAUUUGAUUUUUGUCAACAAAAUCCAAAUCGUGAUUGGCAAUUAUGUACCGAGUUGAUCCACAAAUUUCUCCAAAAACCCUUAGAAAAGAUCAAAAUCUGUCUAGCUGAUGGCAGUACCGUCGAACUUGAACUUGUCUCUGGUCCAGCUGAAACGAAUGUUCGUCAGUUGCAUUCACAAAUGAUGACACGUUUACGCUUACCCAACGAAGUAUCCCAUGUAUUUGGCAUAUGGAUCUGUUCGAAAAGUGUCCGAAUUCAACUAAAUCCUGAUCAUAAGCCAGUUCAGUUUCUAUUAAAUUGGAAACGUUACGCCAGUGAAUUAACUACGAUUCCAUCGGAAUCUCCUCUUCGAAAUCCUUCCGCAGCUUCUCCGACGUUGAAUACCAAUUCCGAAGAUGCACAACUCUGGUGGUCACGUGAUACAUUACUUAAAAUCGAAUUUGAACAACGUCUUCGCAUUCCUCAUGUCAUACAUUUGUUAUUUCUUGAAGCCUAUCAAAACUAUCUUCUCGCGUAUUAUCCGUGUACCGAUGAAGACGCUAUUGAAUUCGCUGUUUUAAUGAUGGGCAUCAAUGAAAAACAGUUAGAUGACAAAUUAUGGGAAAAUUUCUUCAGUAACGAUCCAAAUAAUCUCGCAUUAUUGAUUCCUGCGGAAAAGUUAAAACGUGGGGGAAUACCGUACUGGCGUCGGACGAUUCUCAAACGAUAUAAGGAAGUAUUCAUUGAUGAUCACGUCAUGCGCAAUCGACCUCAAUUGAUACUUUAUCUCAAAAUGCAAUUUCUUAAUCUCGCGCAGAACUUAACCAGUUAUGGAUCGUCAUUUUUCACAGGUAAAGUUUGUUUCGGAAUCGAUGUGAGUUACGAAAUGAGCGGUUCUCUAGGUGAACACGAACAUCGUGGUCGUCGAACAAGCGUGUACAUUUGUGUCAAUGAUGUCGGUGUACAUUUAAUUAAUCGUCUAACCAAAUUACAAGAAUUCUCAUUUUCCUAUCAACAAAUGACAUUUACGAUCGAAACGGAAGCUCAAUCAACAUUAGAAAUCAACGUGAAAGACAACAAAAACGUCGGUCACAUACGAUCGAUUAGUUCAGGUUCAUCGUCGAAUAAUAAGCACACGAAAAACUCGAUUUUUUCCUUCUCAUCAUCGAGUAAACAAUCGCACAAAAUGGACCGUUCAUCAUCGACAAUUUUAUCCUCUAUGUUAACGAAUUCGUUGAGUAAUAAUUCCGAACAUCAACAAAAAAACCACAAUCGACACAUUUUAUAUACCAAACAAAACUUUCUAAUCUACCAUUUGAUGAGUAAUUUCGCCCAAGAACAAGGAUCUUUCAUAUAA